GAUUCCAUCCGCCUGACCCGGCCCAGCUUGACCCUACGCGGGUGCGCCAUGUUCGCGCGUGGGUCCAGGAGGCGCCGCUCCGGGCGCGCGCCACCAGAAGCCGAAGACCCAGACCGUGGCCAACCCUGCAACUCCUGCAGGGAACAGUGCCCCGGCUUCCUGCUGCACGGCUGGAGAAAGAUCUGCCAGCACUGCAAAUGCCCACGGGAGGAGCACGCGGUACAUGCAGUGCCUGUGGACCUGGAGCGCAUCAUGUGUCGGCUGAUCUCAGACUUCCAGCGCCACUCCAUCUCUGACGACGACUCUGGCUGUGCCUCUGAGGAGUAUGCCUGGGUGCCCCCAGGUCUCAAGCCUGAGCAGGUAUACCAGUUUUUCAGCUGCCUCCCAGAGGACAAGGUUCCCUAUGUCAACAGUCCUGGGGAGAAAUACAGAAUCAAGCAGCUGCUGCACCAGCUGCCCCCACACGACAGUGAGGCACAGUACUGCACAGCCCUGGAAGAGGAUGAGAAGAAAGAGCUCAGGGCUUUCAGCCAGCAGAGGAAGAGGGAGAAUUUGGGGCGCGGAGCUGUGCGCAUCUUCCCGGUGACCAUCACUGGCGCCAUCUGUGAAGAGUGCGGGAAGCAGAUUGGAGGUGGAGACAUCGCAGUAUUUGCCAGCCGGGCAGGCCUAGGGGCUUGCUGGCACCCACAGUGCUUUGUGUGCUCUACGUGCCGGGAGCUGCUCGUGGACCUCAUCUACUUCUACCACGCCGGCAAGGUCUACUGCGGUCGCCACCAUGCUGAACGCCUGCGCCCACGCUGCCAAGCCUGUGAUGAGAUCAUCUUCUCCCCUGAGUGCACAGAGGCCGAGGGCCGGCACUGGCACAUGGGUCACUUCUGCUGCUUCGAGUGUGAAGUGUCGCUGGGAGGGCAGCGCUACGUCAUGCGUCAGAGCCGCCCCCACUGCUGCGCCUGCUAUGAAGCCCGCCAUGCCGAGUACUGUGAUGGCUGUGGAGAGCACAUCGGCCUGGACCAGGGACAGAUGGCUUAUGAAGGCCAGCACUGGCACGCCUCAGACCGCUGCUUCUGCUGUAAUCACUGCGGGCGGGCCCUUCUGGGCCGCCCCUUCCUGCCGCGCCGUGGGCUGAUCUUCUGCUCUCGAGCCUGCAGCCUGGGUUCAGAGCCCACUGCACCGGGGUCUGGCCGCCGCAGCUGGAGCCCAGGCACGGUGUCCUCACUGCUCGCAGCCUCCACAGCCUCUUUCUCCACCGUAGAAGGGGCGAAUGAGACGGCCACCAAAGGCACCAGUACGGAAUCGGCGCCUGAUGCAGUCCCUGAGGAACCUGCCCGCUUUCUGAGAGGGGCCCCCCAUCGCCACUCUAUGCCUGAGUUGGGUCUCCGAAGUGCCCCUGAAGCACCCCCAGGGUCACCCGGCAGGUCGGACCCAUGCCCAGAAGAUGGUGCUUUCGGUCGCCAGAGCACCCCACGUGUCAGUUUCCGAGACCCUCUGGUGUCUGAGGGAGGCCCUCGGAGGACCCUGAGUGCACCCCCAGCCCAGCGCCGCAGGCAGCGUAGCCCCCCACCCAGGGCCCCUAGUAGGCGCCGCCACUGCCACCGCCGCCGCCACCGCCAUCACCACCAUCACCGCCACCACUCUGGCAGACGCCGCCACCAUCAAUGCGACUUGGGAUCAGGAUCGGACUCUGGAUCUUGCUCCAGCUCACCCUCCAGCCACAGUUCCGAGUCCUCCGAGGAUGAUGGCUUCUUCCUAGGGGAACGUAUCCCGCUGCCCCCACACCUAUGCAGGCCUAUGUAUGCUCAGGGCACUGCAACUGAGAACCCCAAUACCCCAUCUCCACAGCUUCCCCGGGACUCCCGCUCAAGGAUGUCUCGCCAGACCAGAGACAAGAACUGCAUCGUGGCCUGAAGGCAAAGCAAUCCUGGGGGGGGGGGGAUCUCCAUUCAAGUCAGUGUAGAUAACGGCCCACUCCCAAUC